CUUUUUAAUGAAUUGCCUUUUCUCCCUGUUCCAGAUCUGGAGUGGAAAAUAAUAUAUGUAGGUAGUGCAGAAAGUGAAGACUAUGAUCAGACCCUUGAUACAGUGUAUGUUGGACCAGUUCCAGAAGGGAAACACAUGUUUGUAUUUCAGGCUGAUCCACCAGAUCAUACAAAAAUACCCGUUGGUGAUGCAGUGGGUGUGACGGUUGUGCUGUUAACUUGCGGAUACAAAGGGCAGGAGUUUGUAAGAGUUGGUUAUUAUGUGAAUAAUUCUUAUACAGACCCUGAGCUUCAAGAAACCCCUCCUGAUGUCCCACAGUUUGAAAAGCUUCAGAGAAAUAUCUUGGGAACACAGCCACGUGUCACAAAGUUCAAAAUUGACUGGGAUGAUGCAAAGGAUUCGGAAAAUAUCCCACCCUCCGAGAACGCAGCAAGCGACGGUGCCUCCACAUCACAGAAUUCCACAGACCUCAAAGGCAUAACUGUGAUGGAGAGCAGUAAUAGUGCUUGUGCCAUGGAGGUGGCAUAAAUUUUUGAUUUUUAGGUCAAUUUUUCUAUACUGCUUAAACCCUUUCAUAUUGUAAUUGUGAAUGUUUUGUAUUCAGUGCAACUAGAUAAGCUGGUAUUGUACAGUCUUUUUGCCUCCCAUUCUUACACAUGAUUUUGUGAUAAAAAUUUGCAUAGGGAAUAGUUUUCCAAUUAAUUACUACUUUUUAUAUGAAGCAAAUAUUGAAAUUCGUUUUAUUUCUUACAGUAGACUAAUUAUAUUAUAUUAUUGUCUUUACCUUGUUCAUAAAAAAGAUUUUUAUUUUCACAUGCAGUCCACCAUAUGUUCCCAAAGCCACUGCCACAAUUGUGUUGGACUGAGUCACUUAAAUUAUUUACCAAUAUUAACAAACCCAGUGGGGCGUUAAUGGAUCACUUGUCCGGUGCAAUUAAUGCUGAAAUUAUAUAUAUAUAGUUUACCUGUACAAAAAAAAAAAGGUUUGAUCAGUUCUCAUAUAAAAAAAAAAUAUUCUUAGGAAAAACCUUCUCAGCAAUGCAGGCUGACUAGUCCCAUUCUGAGUUAUGUAUAUUUAAUUAUUUUAAUAAAUUUGUGAAUUCUUGUGAA